AUGGCUCAGCAGAUACCCUCCUCAUCCUCUCGGUCGACCCCUGAUGAUCCGCUAAAACCAGGUACAUUCCGAUCUCUCUUACCUCUCAUCGAUGAUAUACUCUGUAUAUUACAUUCCCAAGCUACGGGGGAAGAGAGAUUGACUACUGCGCAGGCAAGUGAGGGAGUAGCGGUUAAGGCAAAAGAACUUGCCUCAGCUAUAGAAACGAUGAAGAUCGCAUCUAUCAAUCUACCUGGUGGACAUUUGUCGAUAGAUGAGCUGAAAGUGAUAAGUGAGAGGUUGGACGAAGAGAGUGAAAAGAGAUUGUGA